AUGUCAUAAUUAAAGGAUUAAGUAGAUAAAAAAAUGUCUGAAGCAAAACCGAUCAUAAUACAAAAGAAUAAACUUAAAACUUUAAAAUGUAUGAAUGGUGAUAUCAUUCAAGAAGAUGUUAUUUACAGAGCUACACCAAACGAUUUCCUUAACGGGAAAUACCCGAACUUAGUAAUAAGUAAUAAAUUAAAUAAACUCAACAAUUCCAGUCAAACACAAGCAACUUUUUCCAGUAAUAAUUCCUCUGUUGAGUUAACUUCUGACGCAGUAACACAAGUAAUAGGACAAAAAAACUAUGACUUAGUUUUAGCAGCUUUAUGCUCUGUAAUAAAUCAAGAUUUAAAAAUAAAGGCUAUCCUGUCCUUGUUAAGCACAAAGAAAAUAUCUAGCAAUAUUGUUGUCAAUAGUAAGCCCAAAUCAGGAAAAUAUAAUGUCUCUACUCAGACAGAGCAGUCCAGUAUGACCCUACUGAUGAAGGAGAAACUACGGAGAAACCGUAAAAGCCGUGUGGCUAAGCCCUAUGUUGUCACGGAUCAGCUCAAUAAAGUUAUUAUUCACCCAAAUCAUAUAAAGAGUGAAGUAAAUAUCAAAAAGAAUGAAGUAAAACAAGAAAAUGGUGAAGAAUAUUGGCCAAAUUUAAAACUAAUGGAUGAAGAAUUGAGCAAUGCAUCUUGGGGAAGCACAAGCAACUUGUCAAUACUCAGCGACAACAUACCAAAUAAAGUACUCGAUCCACAAUUUAUGUUGAAUAACAUAGACAAACACACAGAAUAUAUUUUAUCUGAUUAUGAUACCAGUACAAAAUGUAUAGGUGAAUCUAAUGCUCUGUUAGAUGGACAGCAAUCAAAUAUAGCUGAUUCUAGAAAUCCAGCAGUCAAGCACAGUAUUAGUGAUUCACUGCAAGUAGUGUCUUCUGAGGGAAAACUCAAGCUCGUAGUUCAACAAGCAUUAACAGAUUUCAAACUUUGCAUACAGCGAAAUGAGGAUGAUAAUUUACCAAUACAUCAAGCAGUUCUCGAGGACAAUCCAUCCAUGUUAAAGAGAUUUUGCAUUAUGUCAAGCGUAAGAGGAGAAUCCCUUGAUGAGUUAUCAGGGAACAAUUUCACUGCCUUACAAAUGUCAAUAUUUCGUAAUUCUGUGCAAUGCAUGGCAGUGCUGCUUCAAUAUGGCGCUGAUGUCUUUGUGACGGACGAUGACGGUCGUACCUGCUUUCACUUGGCUGCGGAAAAUGAUACUGAUCAUCUCAAACUACUUGUGGAGCACUGUAAAAAAAAUCCGAGCAUGGUUAUGGAGCAGAAUGAAGAAUUGUGGAAUUCCUUUACUGUUAGAAAUAGUAACGAAAAUAUAAGCAAGUUUCUACUACGUUCCAUCUGUACUACAUGCGAUUUACAAGGCUACACUCCAUUGAUGCUGGCCAGUAAAUCAGGUGUCGCGAAGAACGUGAAGCUCCUGAUAGAUAUAGCCCCAGACACGAUCAACAUGGUGAUGCCCAACUGCGGCAACACGGCGCUCUACCUUGCAGUAGCUGCGGCCUGCGUGGACGCCGAUGAUCGCCAAGACAAAUCUGACGUGUCGGCAAAUUACCUGCAGACAGUGGAGACUUUGAUAGUGAACGGGGGUGAUCCCUAUUUACAGAACAGCUCGGGCAGUAACGUCAACGACCUGCUCUCGGACUCCCACACCGGAAACCAGAAGCCGGGCUACCUGAUCAAGCUUUCGCUGCUCAUCGCCAACAAACUCACCUCAGUCAAAUACUUUAAGGGAAGCACCAUGAGAAACUUCGAAAAAUAUAUGCUCGUGAAAAACUCGCAGGGAGACAUUUCGAUAGCAGAUAUAAACGAGUCGCACAAAAAUAAAAUUGUAACCAGCGAAAUACAAAGUAGUACGAGCGAUACUAUACCAUCGAAACACGUUACCAGUGAUGAUAAUACCAUACCAGAAACACCAAUUGUGGAGUCACGAGCUGCUAAAACGCCGGUCGUCAUCCUUCAAGAUAUACCAAUCGUUAGUGUCGCUCAAGUGGCUAAUGUGACUAGGAACGAUUGCGUCCCUAAUAAAACUAAACCAUCGGUUCGUCCAUUAAUUUUGAAGAAAAAUAAAAUACCAAAAGCAAGUCCCGAUGUAGCACUACCUGUAAUAAAAUAUAUCAUAAUACCUAAAGUUAAAGGAGUCGCAAAACCUAAAGUGAAACGUAUUACAAAACCUAGAGUGAAAAAUACUUCAAAAGCUAAAGUAAAAGCUGGUGCAAAACCUGCAAUAAAAGAUGUUGCAAUACCUGAAGUGAAAGAUAAAACAACAUCUGAAGUAAAAGAAACUGCAACACCUAAAUUAAAUACAACAAAUUCACCACUGAAGUUUGUUAAAAUUUUACCCAAGGUGGAUCCUAGUACCGAUCACGAAACGACCGGAACAAAAAGAUUAAACAUCGACGUAGAACCGACAGCUUGUAAAAAAAUAAAGAGAAAUUCUGUAAAUAUUAACAGCUGACACCCACUGGUGGUAUCAUUGUUGAGGCCAAAAGAAAAAACUUUGUGUAGCAACCAUAAAGU